AUGCGUGUACCCCAACUCCCAGCGCAGCCAUUGGCGGCGAGGCCCGCCGCAAGUAUUGUCGCAGAAACGACAGUGACACCAGACGCGAUUGUGGCUUAUACGGGUCUGAGAUCCGACCUCUUGAUUCCCGGACGCGGGGAGCCGAUUCGAGAUGGUGCCCUCGUCAUCAAGGACGACAAGAUUGAAUGGGUCGGGCAUUACGCCGACUGUCCGUCAAAGUAUGGGCACGUCGACUUCAAGCACGUCCCCGUUCUGAUGCCCGGGAUGUGGGACUGCCAUACACACUUUGGCGGAUACGGGCGUGCUUUUUCCACCUUUGGGGACUCUAAAGCGCUGCUGCCCGGCGCCCAGAGUCUGGCCGGAGCCGUGACCGUGGCCGACCUCAAGCGCACGCUCGAGGCAGGCUUCACCAGUGUUCGCGAGCUUUCAGGGUUUGCGGGAUACCUGUGGCCUGGAAUACGUGAUGGAUACAUUAUUGGUCCAAACGUCUACUCGUCGUUGUCAUUACUAUCCAUUACUGGCGGCCAUGGCGACGAACACGAUGUACCCAUCUGUGCCGUUCACCAGUUUACAGAGGCUGGUGGCAACUUUUAUCUUUGCGACGGCGUUGACGAAUGCAUCAAAGGAGUCCGGGAGAUGGUUCGACGUGGGGCACGGUGUAUCAAGGUCUGCUCAUCGGGAGGAGUCCUGAGCCUCAAUGAUGAUCCGGAAGACCGCCAGUUCUCCGACGACGAGCUCAAGGCCAUUGUUGACGAGGCCGCGCGGAGUGGCCGUGCUGUUGCAGCGCACGCAAUUGGAAAGGCUGGCAUACUGGCCGCCUUGAGAGCUGGAGUCACGAGCAUAGAGCACGGCUGUUACCUAGAUGAAGAGGUGGCAGGCCUGAUGAAGAAGCAGGGCACGAUCCUGGUGGCCACUCGGCAUAUUCAGGAGAGCUUGCUGCAAGAUCCCACAGAGUUUCCUCCGCGAGUGAUUGAGAAGAUUCAGAAGAUUGUCCCCUUGACCAGAGACAAUUACAGGCUGGCAAUCAAGCUGGGCGUCAAAAUCGCCUUGGGAACGGAUAUGUGGAACAGCAACCCAGACCAUCGUAUAUCUCAUGGUCGUAACGCCAUGGAGCUGACCUAUGCGGUCCAGGCUGGCCUCUCACCUCUGGCUGCCAUUGAGGCGAUCACGGCCACCGCCCCAGAGGUGCUAGGCAAGAAGGCCCCCAGCAGUGGCCAACUGAAGGCUGGGUUCGAUGCCGAUAUCCUUGGUGUUGCAGGUAACCCACUGGAGAGCCUAUCGUUUUUGACAGACCCGGCCUACAUCACCCAUGUGUGGAGAGGUGGUAGACUUUACAAGUCUCCUUCCAUGUGA